UAUAAUUCAUUUUUUCUUAAUAUUUUAAUUUUGAUUUUCCAAAUAAAUAAUUAACAUUGGCUUGUUGUUUAUUAAAACAUACGCAUUAUUCAGAUAAUAAUACGGCUUGAAUAAAAAAUUAUUAUUUUAUUUUAGUAACUCAGCAGUUGGUUAUAAUUCUAUAAGUAUGGUUUUUAGUACUGACACUCCAUUUUCAGUGAUAUGUGAUUGGUCAUGGACUGAAGUUUGCAAAUAUACUAGAGAAGCAGCUGUAUUCUUGGAUCAGUUUGCUGCUGAGUCUUUACACUGGCAUGGAGGUUGUGUUUUGCUUUAUAAAGCUGGUGCUAAGAGUAUUAAAGAAUUUUCUUCUUUCGAGAGCGGAAACCAUAAAGAAAGAAGAUGUUUGAUAAUUGUUGGAAAACCUAUUGAUGAAACAGUAAUGACUGUCACUCGUGAUGUUUUAGUUAAUAGUAAUUUCAAAUACUGUUGUUUUAUUGUUGGAUGUGGAUAUGAAUCUUACCAUAAUCAGAUAAUAGAAAAAUUAAUUUCUGAUAUUAUUAUUUCCAAAUAUACAGAUGGCACAGUAGAUAUUAUAAAUAUACCAAUAUCGAUGACCUGUUUAUCACCAUCAUUGUUCUUAAUACCUCAUCUUCAAAAUGUUCCUUUGUUUAUUGAAAAUGACCGUGAUGCAUAUGCAUCAGUAGUUGCAACUACCCUAAGGAAUAUAUUUGAGCAUCUUAAAGUAAAACUUGAACUUUAUUGUGUUGGUCCAUAUAGUGAAGCUGUAUCACAAUAUUUUUAUAAAACUCAGCCAACUUCAUACACUGAAUCAAAUCAUAUCAACAUUAUAUUAAUAGACAGAUUAGUAGAUAUGUAUGCAGUUACUGAAUUUUCAUCAAAUUGCCCUUUAGAUAAAUUAAAUAUGCUUCUUACAAGGUUUCCUGGAACUUGUUCAGAUGUUUCAGUUGUCAAAGAGCCUUUAUUAUACAACGAAAAAUUAAAAGAUAUCAAUAAUCAAGUACAAGUACCAAUAUGUUUAGCUUCAAUUAUGAAGCCUACUCCUAUUAUGGAAUGGUUGUUAACUAAAAAUGAAAAAGAAUUAUUGACUUGCAUUCGUAAUUUUAUAACAGAAAAAACAACAGUAGGACCAGUGAGAAAAGUAAUAUCUAGAAUUACACCUCAGUUUUUAGAAAGUCUUUUAGCUGAUGAAACAUUUGAAUCAAAUGAAAAUAUUGAUUUUAAACAACAAGUUUUAUGUAUUUGUGCUGCUUUAAAAUUGCAAAAUGCUUCCAGAAUUGAACUAGCCCAAAACAUUGAAAAACUUUUAUUACAAAAUAUAGUAAUGGAAAGUGAUAUUGAUAUACUAUUGCAAAUGAAGCAAUUAUUUCAAACAAGAAAAGAUAGAAAAUUGUCUUUAGAAAUUCUUCUAUGUAUAUUAGUUCAAUUAUAUUCAAUUAUAGAUCAUGAUUAUGAUAUAUCUGAAGAGUAUCAAAUUGAAUUGCAAACUAUGCUGGGUGCAGCAUUAUAUGAAGAUAAAGACAUCCUUCCAGAAUACAUAAUUAAUGAUAUUAUUGAUCAUCAAGUUAUUACUCAUGAAGUUUGUGAAGAAGCAGCAGAAAAAUUCUUUUUUAUUUUAAAUAAAAUAAAAUUAUCAAGACAAACAUUUAUGCAAUAUAAAAAACUCUACACAAGAGAAAAUUUGUAUGUUCCUGUCGUUUAUAACUCAUUUGUCAAACAAUUAAUGAAUGAUGUAUGUAGCCCCAUGCGACCAAAUUUAUCAUCAAUCAUGAAAACUAAAUCAGAUGGUAUAACUGAUUUAAUAAAAAUGGGUUUUAAUAAAAUAAUAAAUUCAGUCAUCAAGCAUCCAUUAGACUGUGAUCAUUUAAUUGUAUUUGUGCUUGGUGGUAUAAGUGGUCAUGAGGUUCAAUCAAUUAGUGAAGCGACUAAAAAUUGUGGGAUAAGAGUAAGCAUUGGUUCAACAAGUAUGCUAUCACCAUAUGAAGCACUUCAUGCUCUAUUUAAAAAUUGUUAAUAUUAUAUUGUAAAAUUAUGUAUAUAGUAUAAAUGAUAUACAAAAAAAAAACCAAAAAAUUACAUAUUUAAAUAUACAUGAAGUUAUAAUUAACAGUUAA